AUGUCUUUUAAAAAAUCUUUCAAUUCAACUGCAAAUAAUUUAAAAAAUAAUGAAACAAUCAAUGUAAAACUUGUUGAUCAACUUAAUCGUUUUGAACACGAACGAAAUGGAUGUGAAUCAUUACUUGAACAACCAAAACUUGUUGAUAGAUUUUUUUCGGAUUCUGAAAUGAGUGAUUUAACAAUACUCAUACGAUUUUUUCGAUUUCUUUUACAAUCAAUGAAUGCAUCAAGACAAAAUGGUGCUAAACUUAUUAUACGUUUACCUGGUUCUAAGCUUUUGGAGUUUUCUCAUUCAUAUCUUAAAUAUUCUUCACUUAAUGAUAAAAAUCAAAAAGAUUUAUUAGAAAAAUUUGUUCUUAUUUUAUCUAAAAUUUUACAACUUUUACUUGAACUUCAUCCAUCCUGUUAUCAACAAUUAGAUUCAUUAGGUAUAUUUGAUCGAAUUGAAAUAUAUAAUCAAAAAAUUUCGAAUGAAGAUAUACAAACAAAAGUCACCACACUUAUCUCUCGAGUAGAAGAAUUACGUAUACAACAUGAAAAAAAGAUAGAAAAAUAUAAACCUGAAAUUGAAACUCCAUUAGAACGAGAUGAUCCACCACCGGAUGAUUUUCAUGAACUUUCUAUUUAUCCAACAUUAAAUGAAAUUUUUCAACAACAAAUUCCUUAUUUACGAAAGAAUAUUACAACAGGUCAAUAUAAAAAUGGAACACAUUAUCUCGAUAUUCAUUUUCGUCUUCUUCGUGAGGAUUUUCUUUGGCCAUUACGUGAAGCUAUAUGUCAAUAUAUGAGUGAUGAUAAUCGAAAUGUAUCAUUUCGAAAUACGAAUGUUCGUUUAUAUAGAAAUACUAUAUUAACAGGUUCAAUAUGUUCUCAAGCUGGAAUAUUAUUCUCCUUAUUAAUUGAUUUAAACUCAUUACCAAAAACAAUUAGUUGGGCGAAUUCAAGACGUUUAAUCUAUGGAAAUUUAUUAGCUGCAACAUUUGAUGAUUUUGAUACUAGUUGUUUUCUAUUAACAGUUGAAGAUCGGUCAAAUAUUGAUAAAGAUGGAACAUUAUAUGUUCGAUGUCAAAAAGAAUUGUGUGAUUAUAAAUUAAUGAAAACUUCACCUGGAACACGUUUUACAUUAUUAGAAACUACAUCAUAUUUUGAGGCUUAUCGACCAAUUUUACAAGCAUUACAAAAUAUAAAAGAUGAUCAAAUACCGCUUGAAAAAUAUUUACUUCAGUGUGAUAUAAAUGUUCCGUUACCAAAUUAUUUUCAACAAAAUUCUAGUAUCGAUUUUCGACCUGUAUUAAUUAAAACUUCUGGUGAAUGUAAUGAAUUUGAUGGUGACUUAAGUAAUGUUAAAGAUUUAUCGACAUGGCCAAAUGCUCAACAACUUGGCCUUGAUGAAAGUCAAUACAAAGCAUUACAAUUAGCCAUAACUAAAUCAGUAGCUCUUAUUCAAGGUCCACCAGGUUGUGGAAAAACUUAUCUUGGUGUUCGAUUAGCUGAAUUAUUUUAUCAUAAUCGUGCACGAAUAACUGGUUGUGAACGACCAAUUCUAAUGAUUUGUUAUACAAAUCAUGCAUUAGAUCAAUUUUUAUCAUCAAUUAUUCAAAAACUUUCUCUUCAACCAGGUGAAAUUGUACGUGUUGGUGGUCGUAGUACACAUCGUCAAAUAGAACCAUAUUUAAUUCAAAAAUUACGUCAACAAAAACGAGAUAUUCGUUCAAAAAACGAAGAAUUAUCAACUAAAUAUGAAAUACUUCAUAAUAUUAAAAAACAAAUGGAUGAUUGUCGUAUAAAAUAUUAUCAAUGUAGUCAACAAUUACUUGAUAUUAAUCAACUUUUACAUGUUAUAGAUCCACAACAAUUUUUAACAUUAAUUGAACCAAUUUUAUCAAAAUUAGAUAUUUUUCAUAGACAUUGGAAUACUAAUAAAGGUGGAAUUUAUUGUUGUCGUUUAUUAGAAUCACAAGAAAGUGAUGAAGAUAGUUCUGAUGAUAGUCAAUCAGAAAGUGAAAAUGAGGAUGAAAAUGAAAAUUUAUCAUUUUAUGAAAAAAUUCAACGAAUGAAUAAUCGAAUUCAUUGUCAUAAAUUAAAUAAUUUAUCAGAUAAUGAUCAACAAGAAAUCAAUCAACUUUUUAUUAAAUGGUUAGAUGCAACACCAUUACAAAUGAUUCUUAAUAAAAUAAAAGAACAAAAUGAAGAUAACGAUGGUGAUGAUGCAUUUCAAGAACAACGAAGAAAAAAUAAAAAUAAAAAUAAGAACAAAGCAAAAUCAGUUUUAGAAAAAAUAUUGAAUGAUCCUAUUUUAACAACAACAACAUCAAAUAAUACAAAUAUUGUCGAUGAAAACCCUGUUAAUUUAGAAGAUGAUGAAGAAGAAUUACGCCGAUUAGAAAAUGUCGAUAAUACAUACAUACCAUUUACCAUGCCUAAUCAAACUAAUGAUAAAGAAUAUCAAAAAAUUAAUAUUGGACAACUGGAAUAUAUGCAACAUUUAUUAAAUAAUAGAACAGCUUUUUUAUCAGAUAAUGAAAUAAAGAAUUUCAAAGAUUUAUGGUCAACAUUAAUAGAUAAAGAACAACGACAAGCUCUUUAUCGUUAUUGGCUUCGGAAAUAUGUUCAAUUACUUACAGACGAAUGGUUUCAUUUAAAUGAACAAUAUGAUGAAAAUUAUAAAUCAAUGCAAGCAUUAUGGUUUACAAAUGAUCAGAUAUACAUGGACAAAGCAUUUAUAAUUGCUAUGACAACUCAUUGUGCAUCACGAUAUCAAAAAGUAUUAAAACAAAUAGCUCCUCGUAUAUGUAUAGUUGAAGAAGCAGCUGAAGUAUUUGAGUCACAUAUUGUUACAGCUAUUGGAGAACGUAUUGAACAUUUAAUUCUUAUUGGUGAUCAUGUUCAACUUCGUCCAUCACCAAAUGUUUAUACAUUAGCAAAACAUUUUAAUCUUGAUGUAUCUUUAUUUGAACGAUUAAUUAAAAAUCAAAUGCCAUCUGUACAAUUAUGUGUUCAACAUCGUUCAAUUCCAAUUAUAUCUAGUUUAACACAUCAUUUUUAUGAUAUACCUAUAAUUAAUCAUGAAUCCGUAAAUAAUCGUCCAUCAAUUAUUGGUAUAACACAUCCACUUUAUUUUAUUAAUCAUGGAAAUUUUGAAGAAAAUGUUAGUGAUGGUGUAUCAAAAAGAAAUCCUUAUGAAAGUAAUUAUAUUUUACAAUUAGCAGAUUAUUUAAUUAAACAAGGUUAUGAUAAAAAUGAUAUAACUAUUUUAACAACAUAUAUGGGUCAACGACAACAAAUUCAAAAAUCAAUGAAUCAAUUAAAACAUCUUAAAGGUAUUCAUGUUACUGUAGUUGAUAAUUUUCAAGGAGAAGAAAAUCGUAUUGUCCUAUUAAGUCUUGUACGAAGUAAUGCUGAUCGACGUCUUGGUUAUAUAGCUGUUGAUAAUCGUAUAUGUGUUGCAUUAUCUCGUGCACAAAAUGGAUUUUAUGUUAUUGGAAAUUUUCAUUUACUUGCUGAACAUAAUGAAACAUGGAAAAUUAUUAUAAAUAAAAUGAAACAACUCAAACUUAUUGGAUCAGGUCUGCCAAUAAAUUGUCCUAAUCAUCUUGAUAAUCAAACCAUAUGUAUAUAUCCACAUGAUUUUAAUAAACGACCACUUGGUGGAUGUGGACUUAAAUGUGAAGCUCGUCUUUCAUGUGGUCAUCAAUGUCCAUUGACAUGUCAUAAUACAUCACAUAAUUUAAUAAAUUGUCAAAAACUUUGUUUAAAAAACUAUGAUGAUUGUGAACAUCAAUGUCAAAAAAAAUGUCAUUCAACAACAAUAUGUUUACCAUGUCAUGAAAUGAUUCAUUUAAAAAUGCCUAAUUGUGAACAUACAAGUGAUAUAGCAUGUUUUAUGCGUAAAAAUAAUCAACUUGAAUGUGGUGUACUUGUUCCAUAUAAAUGUUCACUUGGACAUCAAGUUCAAGUACGUUGUUGUGAUUUACGAAAUAAAGAAUUACAAGGUCGAUUAUGUACUCGUCCAUGUGAUUUUAUUCUUGAAUGUGGACAUAAUUGUAAAGGUACAUGUUCAACAUGUCUUCAAAGUCGAUUUCAUCGUCCAUGUGAUCAACAAGAACUUAUUGUUUAUAUAUGUGGUCAUAGUCGUCAACAACGUUGUCAUGAACUUGGACCACCUUGUGAACAACAAUACAUGAAACUAUGCGAUCAUCCGGAUGAACCACGUAUAUUACCUAGUCAAUGUCUCGUGUAUCAAUGUAAUCGAUUCUGUCAGUAUAAAUGCAGACAUUUACGUUGUGGGCAACGAUGUAAAAGUGAAUGUGAUCGUCAACCAUGUAACAAAAAAUGUACACGACGUUUUGACUGUGAACAUUAUUGUAAUGGAAUUUGUGGAGAACCUUGUAUUGAUUGUUUGGUUUGUCGUGAAAAAGAAUUACCAAAUGAAAUUCAAAAAAUAAUUCGUUCAAAAAAUAUACGAUAUGCUACUUUUGUUCAGCUUGAAUGUGAUCAUCUCUUUGAAACUAAUAUUCUUGAUGAAUAUAUUGAAAAAUUUGAAAAUCAAAAUUUUUUAUCAAAUGAUUCAAUGUAUGUAGAAUAUCCUCGAUGUCCUAAAUGUCAACAUCCAAUAAUCAAAUGUAAACGUUAUUCACGUUUAAUAAAAAAGAUUCAACAAAGAAUUGGAAAUUCCAUUUUUUCUUUGAAAACUUUAUCUAGUUCAUUAACGGAUGGAUUUGGUGUUAAUUCACGUUCUGUAAUCCAAUAUACUGAUUUACCGGAAUAUAUUAUUAAAAUUAUUAAAAUAAAUACUGAUAAUAAUCGUCGAAGAAAACUUACUGAAUUAUUUGUACAUGUUGUAAAUCUUUUUCGUAAAUUAAGUGAUGAAAUCUCUAAGGAACGUGAUGUAAUAUUAAAAACUAUUUACGAACAUGUUGAAAAAAAUGAUUCAUUAUUUCUUACUCGACAACAAUGGUUAGAUCUUGAAAAUGAAUACAAUCGAUUAUUAAUUAUUGAUACUAUGAAAGAAUCUGACAAAUUAUUAGAAUCUGAUCGAAAUGAAAUUAAUAAUGAAACAUUGAAUGAUAUUCUUUUUGGACCAAAUCCAUUCAAUCAAUUUGCAUGUCAAAUAUGUUACCUUUUAUUAAAUAACGAUAAUGAGAAUAAUGAUAAAUGGAAAUCAAUUCUUCCUGAUGAAACAAAAUGGGAAGAUUUUGAACAAGAUCGACUUAUAUGUGAUGGUAAAUGGUUGGUUUGUGCACAAAAAAUUCAUUUAAUGUGGAAUAAGACAAUCACCGAACAAACAACAUGUUCUAGAUGUAAUAUGGAAAACGAGCCUUCAUCCGCUUUUGGUUUGAGCCGUGGAAAAUCUAAUUCUUCACGCGGUCGAUUUUAUCGUCGAUAA